UUUACAAGUAUUCAAAAUUAAUAUGUACAGAUUUUUAGUUAGCUAUGCAAACAAUGCAAGCAAGAAACCCAUUUCGCAUGACAUUAUUUAAUUGUUGAUACCAAGGCUGCCAAUCGGUUUUUAAGCGAAACCGGUUCGAACCCGGAACUACGCACAAGCCUUCCGAGAAAUCAAAUAUUAUUUUGCUGCUAAGCAGUUUUUCUUUUAUGUUUCAAAAUGUAGCUGUCAAAGUAGAGCUAAUUUAUCUUACGCUUAGUAAAAAUAUGUUAAUAUAAAAAAGCCGUGCAUACCAGAAAUUACUCAUAGACCGAUCCUUUCUGUGGCAUAUAUAAAAAUAUAAAUAUUUUAGCUCUGGCGGUGUUAUAUCAUAUUUGAUUUGUUAUAAGGAAGAGCAAGAUCCUGACCAAACAAAUAAUAUAUGAUAAAAUUGGGAAGAUUAACAAAAUGAUUGGUUUAUCUUCACAUUAUUUAUAUAUAAAUAUUCAUAGUAUUUAGAACUUAGCUUAGCAUAAAACUUCAAAAUUUAUUUGGGAAAAUAUUAACUUCCCAAAAUGCUGGCAGUAGCUGUUAAAUAUUCAUUUAUUGUUAUACUUGGCUUUAUAGUUGUGAUUACAGUGCGCAUAACUUUGCCCCACAUAUUGGAAUAUGAUGAACAAUAUCUGUUUAAGAAAAUGAAAUUUCUUGUGAUAAGGGUCUAUAUAUCACUAACUAGUUUGCUAGUACUUGAGAUGGUAUCGAUAUAUCUAAGUGUUGGUCUGCUCUAUGCGACGACCGACUGGAUGGCUGUGCUGUAUUUGCCUCUACUAAUAUAUACUAUGCACCGCACAUAUGACACAUGUGUCGUUCAGCUUGCAACACUCAUAGCUGUCAAAGAUGCUCACGAUUUUCUUAUUGAACACUGGCGAAAAUACUUUGAAUAUGAUGAUCAGUUUUGGAUUGAGAUACAGGCAAAGUUGGGUUGUUGUGGCCUAGAGGGACCACGAACUUAUUUGGACUACUUGCUUAAGGUGCCUGCAAUAUGUUAUAAUGAUGGGAACGUUUUGAUCACGAGGGGAUGUGAGGAUGUUGUUUAUGAUAGUUUCAAUGGCGUACAAUUCCUGGUCAUGGGUCUCUGCUGGUUAGCACUGAGUCUACAGUUUCUUACGUUUGUUCUAUAUUUCUGGUUUGUUAUGCGUAAAUAUAUUUAUUUAAUGAACCAGAGAGGAAUCAGAAUGAAUACAGAACACAGAAUAAAGAUUUGGGGACCAAAGGAAAAGGUUCGAUUUCAGUUAAAAUUGAACUAUUUCGAUGGUUUUUUUAUAAACUACAAUAAAUUUUAAAAUAUUUUAAGCGAUUUUUUAUUGAUGACAAU